AUGUCUCUUCAGCCUGGGCUGGCCGGUCUGGAGAAAGAGCUGGGAUGCUCGAUCUGCACCGAGCUCCUCUACCAGCCCCUCACUCUCCUCGACUGUCUCCAUACAUUCUGCGGAUCAUGUGUGAAGGAAUGGUUCUAUGCACAGGGUUCCCGCCGCCAUUCGAGCUCUGCCCCGCGAUUCACUUGCCCAUCAUGCCGCGCGGAAGUGCGCGACACUCGUCCAAAUGCCACGGUGACAACUCUACUGGACAUGGUGCUGGCAGCCCAGCCAGACCGCGCCAGAAGUGAUGCUGAGAAGAAGGAGAUCGCUGAGCGAUACAAACCUGGGGACCCGGUGUUUCCUCCACUUCCGGCACAUGAGGAGACCUCGGAAGACGAGGCCGAUACGCGGUUGAUGAAUGAAGUGAGGGAUCUGAGCCUCCGCGAGAGUCGUGGACAGGCGCGGAGAGAUGGCCGCCGGAAUCCUAGUCGACAUGCAGACGAUUCUCAGCGCAGGAGUGAAGGAUCAGAGCGGCAGCAGCGACCGGCCCGGCAUAAUGACAGCGAACACAGCAGACGUAUUGAGCACCAAUCUAGCCUACGAUCACUACUCAGCCUAUCCUCCGAAACGGAGACUAUGGAAGAGGAAAUAUUGCGACAAAUUAUGGAGGAGGGGUUGUUGGACGAUGUCGACCUGGAGAACCUCGGGCCUAGACAGGAGGAGGAGCUUAGCGAACGUAUUGCUGACGCUUAUCGCCGGAGGCAUAUGCAACAGACGCAUGCCCGCCCAGAGCAACGCCGCCGACGGUCCCCCGGCGGCACCCCUAAUCCUCAUCCUCGGUCGCAAUCCGCCCGCAGGUCUGACGAAGUGAAUUCCACUGCUCGAGAAAGUCGCGAGGGUAACGACAGAAGACCUCCAGUAUCACGACCUCAUCUACUUGGCUCUGGGCCUUCUCCUCGCCCGACCAGGGGCCACCAACGGCGAAACUCCGAACAGACAAAUGGCCGGCGCACGUCACCCGUUGGCGUGAAUCCAGCAUCUAAUUCGGAUGACACGCUGCGGCCUGCCGUGAGAUCUGCCAGCGAUAUGACCGCAGAGCGCCCACGCAGCUCCCAGCCAGAGCGAUCACGAGCCGACUCUGCUCAUCGACCACGACGGGCUACAGAGUCAGAUCAGAACAUCUCAAAUAUAUGGAUGGCGGGGGGGGACGAGACCGUAGCUCUUCUCGAAACGCUGCCAGUAACCCUGCCGGUUCCAUUCCGGGAGAGCCCCCGCUUGGAUCGCCCUCAUCCCCUCUUGUUCCCGCUCGGUCUGAACGACGCCCAAGACCAUCCGCAAGACCCAGUACUCAUUACACGGAGCCGUCGAUAUCCUGCGACAGGCUGUUUGCAAUGGUCUGGCUUUGGGCCGUCCGCGGAGACAAUGUUCGAAUUGAUCAUUGCUUCCUCAAACGGUCGCCCCGCUCAUAUCACCGACCCUGGGCAUCUUCUAAGCUCCUUCAAAUACCAAAGGCCUCCCGAGAACGCCCAUGUGAUCGCCAGCGGGGAAAGAAGAACCAAUAGUAAUCCAUCCCGGCGUCUAGAGUCCGGGCUAUUCUGCGACAUCUGCCAGUCCUCGACCAACGAAUGUUACUGGAAAUGCAACCAGUGCAAUGAAGGUGACUGGGGCUUUUGCAAUCGAUGCGUCAACCAAGGCCGAUGCUGCACUCAUCCGUUGCUGCCGGUCCGACGCAUAGCGGGCGCUCCCCCAUCAUCUCCCUCUGGCGCAGCCACUGCCAUACUGUCCGCACCCGAGAAGGACAGUUACAAAAUCCUUUCAUUCUCCACAAACUGUGACAUUUGCACCUAUCCAAUUCCAGCCUCGGUCACCAGGUUUCAUUGCCUCCAAUGCAACGACGGCGAUUAUGAUGUCUGCACCAAUUGCUACCUGAAGCUCGUGGCCAACUCAAAAAUCAGCAAAGAAAAUGGCCACAGUGGCUGGCGCCGGUGUAUAGCCGGCCACCGAAUGAUCAUCGUUGGCUUUGAGGACCACGUGGAAGGCCAAAGGAGGGUAAUCGUGCGGAACCUCGUUGGCGGCCACGCUCUGAAGGAUGAGCAUGUCAACAGAUCCCCUGCGUCAUCCCCUGCAGUCGGCGGGCCUAUUACGUCCCCAGAUACGGCGGUUGCCCACUGGAGCUGGAAAGAAGGCCAAGGCCAAGAGCGUCGCAAGAAGGCCUCCCGUCUGCGGGGCCCUCUUGGCCUGUCAAAUGGAAGCAGCCCACAUCUACCAGACCAUUCGAGCCCAAAUUCACCGGUUGCCCCGACACCGCCUGCGCUGAGGCGGUUCCCACCAGACGGCGGUGUUGGGCUAAUCGUUCGUGCCAAGUGGUCAUUCUUCCCUGAAGAUGAGGUACAGGACGAGCUGCCGUUUCCACGGGGCGCUGAUAUUACGGAAGUUGACAUUAUUAAUGACGAAUGGUUCUGGGGCUGUUAUGCUGCUCGUACAGGACUAUUCUACGGGAAAUAUGUCGAGAUAAUUCGAAAUAUUGAGUAA